AAUCCACGCGCAGUCACAGUGAGGAUGAGGAUGAUGAUACAAACUGUAAGCACCAGUGAAAUGUGUCGAGGCAACAUCAGCUUUAAGUUCGUCUUGUGGCAGUGAUUGACAAAAAGCCCGUGAACACACGGUUCAUCCAGCUCCACGUACUGAGUCUCAGCCUCAAACCGCCUCCUUGAUCGGUUCCCAUUUUCGUCCAGACCGGGACUUCGCAGACGUUACGUCGGGACAAUGGAAUCUAACCUGAUGCCGGACAGUGUCCGCCCUCAGCGGCUGCAGCCAGGUAUUGGAUUCGGCUCAGGACCGACUGGUACCCUGCGCUCCUCUCUCCGGCCCGGGGUCACGGUGCCCAUCGCGCCGCUGCUGCCCUCUCCGGCCUCGCUGUCCGCUUGCUCGGGGCCUCCACCGCCGCCGCCUCCGCUGCAGUUCCACAGCCUGUACGGCGGUAUCGGAGCCGGGCUGGGGCCGGGGGGUGCCGGCCACUGUAACCCGGGGAACCCGGCGGUGCUGAAGGAGGCUGUGGAGGCUGUGGUUCGCAGCUUCGCCAAACACACUCAAGGUUACGGCCGAGUAAACGUGGUGGAAGCUCUGCAGGAGUUUUGGCAGAUGAAGCUGACCAGAGGGGCCGACCUGCGUAACGGAGCUUUAGUUGUUUAUGAAAUGGUCCCGUCCAACUGCCCGCCGUACGUUUGCUAUGUUAGUCUUCCAGGAGGCAGCUGCUUCGGAAGUUUCCAGUUCUGUCCCACCAAGGCGGAGGCGAGACGAAGCGCUGCCAAGAUCGCCCUCAUGAACUCUGUUUUCAAUGAACACCCCUCUCGCCGCAUCACAGACGACUUCAUCGAGAAGAGCGUGAGCGAGGCGCUGGCCUCCUUCAACGGAAACAGAGAGGAGGCCGACAAUCCCAACACAGGAAUCGGAGCGUUUCGCUUCAUGCUUGAGUCCAACAAAGGGAAAUCGAUGCUGGAGUUUCAGGAGCUGAUGACCGUGUUUCAGCUGCUGCAUUGGAACGGAAGCCUGAAAGCCAUGAGAGAACGACAGUGUUCCCGACAGGAGGUGCUGGCUCACUAUUCCCACCGGGCUCUGGAUGACGACAUGCGCACUCAGAUGGCGGCCGACUGGGUGAACCGGGAGCAGAGCGUAGCGAGCACCAUAGCGCAGGAGCUGGCCUCCACGGAGCGGGAGCUGGAGGACGCCAGGCUGGCGGGCAGAGAACUGCGCUUUUACAAAGAGAAGAAGGACAUCCUGAUGUUAGCGGUGGGCCAGCUCAGCGCAGUCAACGCUGCCACUCUGCCUUCACACUAAACCCCUGCGCGUGCAAUCGUCCAUCCGCGCUUCCACGCAGGAUUCUCGGUAACAGUAUUGAACUUUUCACAGAGAUAAAGAUGAGGCAUCUGAGUUUUUUAUUUUUGUAUCUUGUGUAUCUUCUGUUUUUUUUUUUAUGUCGACCAGGUAAUCAGCCCUUGAUUUUACAGUUUGAACAUCUGUCCAUAAAAGAAAAACCUGUUGUUUCACGUUUAUAUCUGUUACCUCUAUGUGCCUAGUGAUUGCAGGAAAACAGUACUUUUUAUAAAAUACCUGUUAAGGUGCUCGGUAACUCCUUUUCCCCCCACCACUUUACAACAAAACCUGCCUUUCAUCAGUGAAUGUACAGGUCAUGAGGUAAAAUGACCAAACACAUAUGAGGUAAAGAUCAUUCUUAAGUCGGACCAGUGCAUUUAUUUCAUUUGGGUGGCUAUAUUUUAAAUAGUGGAGGUAAUAAACAUGUAAAAAAAAAACUUGCUAAAGAGCGUGCAAACCAGAACACAAACCUUGUGUCCACUAAUAAGCUGAUUUAUUUCUAAAACAGAACCACAGAAAUGGCAAAAACAGCAAUGAAAGGGAUCAAAUAUCAUCAGCACAUCACAGUGAAGUUUCAUGAAAAUGUAACGUAAGAAAAACAUUGCUCUGACAGCAGCUCAGGUUUCUGAAAAAUCAGACGGCGACAACGUUUCUUUCUGUCUUUGUAAAGGCUUUUUUUUAUCAAAUACAUAAGUGUUAUUUGUAUUCUUGACGGCCAUGACACUAUCUGAAUGUAUAUUCUCAGUGUGCUCUCAGCUAACGGACCUGUACAACGACGAUGUUUUAGCCUCUGGAACCGCUCUCAUUAGAAUGUGUUUUGUCGUGUGCUUCAUCUGGAGGAGAGGAAAUAAAUCUGGUGAGGGUCUCAGCUGAAACUAUAAAUAGCCGCAGUGGUGAAGGCCAAAAAGAGAGAGAGGAAAAAAAAAAGCUGUGGGAUCUUCAGCGAAAAUGAAGUUUCGCUUGAUUCACAGUGUGUGAGUCAUGUGUGACUCAUUGUCGUCGAUACAAAACAGCACUUGGUGGUUUUUGUUUAUUAAAAUAUUGGGAGAAGAGUUUGGUUCUCGGCGGCGCUGGUGGACGUCCAUGAGUUCAAACCGCGUGUGUAACUCACACCUUCUCGUCACCUUUGAUGUGUUUUUUUUUUAAUAUAUAUAUAUGUAUGUAUAGAAGGACCUGAUCUCUUUGAAAAUGCGAUAUCCUUUUAUUUGCCGGUGUGAUGUAUCUCAAAUGUGUUUUACGACAUUAUUAAAACAAAGGGCGUUUGAAAGGGUAGCUUUCUUUUAAAGACCCCGUUCAAAAGGGAGCGAGAGUUUAAUUGAUCGUGUGUGGAAACACGGGCAGCUGCUUAUGCAAGUUAAACAGCGGGAGGGCUCGUGCUGCUGCUGCGCCCCUGCGUUGAUCGUCAACAGACGAAACUGAUUAGACAAAAUUUACGGACUUGGAGACUGCGGAUAAAAAACAAAAGAUGCAGGAAUGUAGAAUGAUUAAAGCCAGACCAGUUUUAAAAUUCUGUUGCUGUACUUCUUCUCUGCAAUGGUUGUGCCUUUAUAAAAUUGGUAACAUGCAUUUGUUGUUGUUUUUAAAUUUCCCUUAAAUGGGGUCUUAAAAAGACGCUUCUUUUCGGUUUGACAUGUAAAGGGGAUAAUCCAGCAUAUAGAUUACAUACAGUAUUAACUGUUGCAACACCUUUAAUAUGUGAUUCGGAAGGGUUUAUUACUACCUUUGGUAUACGUUUAUAACCGUUAUAUAUUGUUGAUUUGGUACUCGGCUUCAUGUUUGAAUGGUGACAGGUGAAGUGAUAAAACACACACACUCGACCUCACAGCUCUGCAGCUUGAAUACUGCCGCGAUAAUCUCACUUUUUACAGAUCGAAGAAUCGAAAACGUUUUUUGAGCGAUUGGUUUGUCCCGUGAACCGAUUUCAAGUCCAGCCUGAGAACAAACUGCACUGUCUGUGCCACAAUUAAUUCAUGAGAAAAUAUGUGAGAGUAUUCUAAUGAGCUGGUGACAUGAAUGAGGCCGGAGAUCUUGAAUUGUGAGUUUUUAUGUAUUUUUCCCUCUCAUUUAGACGCUUAUUUUGUGUUUGAUCGUUUUUGUUUUUACCAUAAGCCAUCAGUGUCAGAGCUCUGUUCUUAUAAAUGCCUUUGGACCUUUCUUUUGUGAUCUUUAUCAAUGAAGGCUUUUUAUAUAUAUAUAUAAAAAAAAGAAAAGUAAAAGAAAAAAGAACUGUAUAUUUUUGCUAUCCAUUUUAUAAAAAUAAAAGUGGGCUUUUCAUGUUUUGGUUUUCAUGCAUGUUGUGUUGAUUACGUUUUGUUUUUCUAUGUUUCAUAUUCGAUACAGUAUGGUUUGAAGUGUUUCUGAAGACCUUUAUUUUAUGUAUUUUCUAUAAGCAUUUUGUAUUUCAUGUUUAUACCUUUAGUAGAUUUAUAUGAUGUAAUAAAUUGACUGAUAAAAUGUU